AUGUCGCAGGUGAACAAUCGUGGUGUCGUGAACAAGCGGUUGCGAAUAUCCUCAACAGGCGCCUUUCGUCACGGUGAGAACCAGUCGUCAUCGUCGUCGACAAAUGUCGCUCAAACUCAAUAUAAUCCAUCAGGUUUAUCAAUUGAUAAUGAAACUGAAUUAUCAUCUGAUUUAAUAAAAGAACAAUUAGAUCAUGUUGAUGAUAUAAUAACACAACCAAUAAUUGAAGUUCCAACAAAACGUUUAUUACAUAUAAAAGAACUUGGCGGAAAUUUAUUUGUUUCAUCAUCAAGAAAAAUUUAUUCGAAAACUUUACAAAAAUUAAUUGAUCGGGUUUUAUUUACAAAGUCAUUAAAUAAUGAUGUUAAUACAGCAACAUCUGAUAUACAUGUAUUUGAACGUGUACUUGCACGUACGGAUGAUAAUGAUGCAUAUUCAACAUGUACAUCAUUAGCACAACCAAUACCAGCAACAAUACUUAUACUUGGUUUAACAUCAUGUGAACAUGCAUUUGCCUGGAAAUUAUCACAACGACGAAAUUUUAAAAUAUAUUGUUCACCAGCUAAUAGUGGAAUUAUAAUUGAUCAAACAUUUGUAAUUGUAACGAAUAUUUUAAAAAAUGAUAAAGAUAUUUUAGAAUUUGUUGAUACGAAACAAAUUGAUCUUGUUAUAUCAUUAAAUAAAACAUUUUAUUAUGAAGAUCUUGAAGCACAAUUAGGUGAACGUGGUGUACAUUAUUUAGGUUGUUCAGUUGAUACAUUAGCAUUAAGUGACAAUUAUUUAAAUGCAAAACAAUUUAUGACAAAACAUAAUAUACCAACAUUAGAUUGGAUUCAGUGUUUAAAACAAGAUGAAGGAGAAAUUUUUCUAAAUAAAUAUCCAAAUCAACAACAAUGGAUUAUUCGUUCGACUAAUGGAAAUCGAAUAGUUAAUUGUAAAACAAGAGAUGAAACUCGACAAACACUUAAAGAAGUUUUUCAGGAUAACUUAUUUGGUGAUACCAAUCCAUCAGCGAUUGUUGAACAUGGUUAUUCAUUAGAUGAUAGUCAUGUCUGUACACUUUAUAUUGUAAGUGAUGGUGAUGGUGAUUAUACACAAUUACCAGUAAUAGAUUCAGAUCCAUCACGUUUUGGUGCAUAUGGUCCAUGUCCAUAUUUAACAUCAAAACAAUUAUCAUUUAUUCGUCGACGUAUUGUUGAACGAACAUUACGAUGUUCACCAUCGAUUCGUCAUUUAUUUGGUUUUCGUUUACUUAUUCAAGGAACAAAUUAUAAUCAAAUUAGUUUACUUGAUUAUAAAUCAACAUUUGAAGAACCUGAAAGUGAAGUACUUUUAUCUUUAUUUGAACCAGAUAUAUUUCUUCAAUAUGCACUUGAUUUACCAUCUGCACCAGUUUUACCAUUAGCAAGUAAAAAACGACGUGCUUAUUGUGUUAAUACAACUAUAACAUCAAAAAAAAUUCCGUUAACAAUUCCAAAUAAAAUUUUAUUAACAGCAACAAAACAUAAUAAAGUUAAAAUAUUUCAUAAUCAAACAGAUAUUAUUACAGGAGGAGUAGAAACAGGUAAUAUUACAACAAAUGGAGAAAGAAUUUUUAAUGUACUUGGAUAUGGUUCAACAUUACAAGAAGCACAAAUUCAAUCUGUACUUGCUUGUGAAUAUAUUAAACAACAAAUGAAUAUUGAUGAUCUUUUUUUUAAAACUGAUAUUGGAUCUCAAGCUAUUGAAUGGUAUAAAGCUCAUUAUCAACAUCCAAAUUCAACAGCAAGUGGUUUAACAAAUGGAAAAAAGAAGAAAUUUAAAAAGAAAAAAAUCAUUUCAACGACACCGACUAAACCUAGUCGUGGUAUUACCACACGUGGUCAAAAUUUAAAAACUUCCGAACAAAUUGAAGAUGACAACAAUGAAACAAAUGAUGAAGAUGAUGAUGAUGAUGAUGAUGAUAGUGAACCAAUGGAUUUUGAACGUGCAUUUGGUUCUGUAUCCGAUAUUCCAAAAUUAGAAUAUAUGAAUAUUUAUGAGAAUAAUAAAAUUACUGAUGGUUUACAUAAUUUUGAAGGUGAAUCAUAUUUUGAUCUUUCAACUAAAAUUGAUCUCAAAACUUAUGCACAACCAGUUCUUGUUUCAUCAACGAUUAAUUUAAAUCCAUUGGCUGCUUUAUUCAAUUUAAAUGAUAAAGAUAUGAAUGAUAGUCAAACUGUCUUUGAAUAUCUUGGUUAUGAAUCAGCUGUUCGUUGUGCUAAUGAUCUUAGUUAUGCUCGUCUAUUAUAUAUUCAAUGUUGUUCAUUACCGAUAUCCUCAUAUGAACGUUCAAUUCAACGAUUUUAUCAAGGAAUUGAACAAGCAUGUCAACAAUUAAAUUGUACAUUUCUUAAAACAACAUCAAAUUCAUCAUCAUUUACUGCAUUAUGUACAGGUGUAUGUGAUCGAGAAUUGUUUAUACUUAAUAAUGAUAAACAUAAUCCAAUAAUAAAUGAAGGUGAUUUAUUAAUUGGACUUCGAUGUAGUUCAAGUACAAUAAAUAGUCAAGGUUAUAUUCAAUUAAAAGAAUUGUUUCAAAAGAAAAAUAUUCAUCUAAAUGAUGCAUUACCUUUUCGAAAUAGUGAUGGCGAAGAAGAAUCCUUUUUUUCAUUAUUAUUACAAAAAUCAUCGAUAUUAACAUCAACGUUAACAACUAUUAUUAAUGAACUUAUUUUAAAUCGAACAAUUAAAAUUAUACGAUAUUUAAAAGAUAUUGGUCUUGCUCGUAUGAUUCAAUCAUUACUUGAUUCAUCAACAGGACCAUUAACUGCAGAAUUAAAUGGACAACAAUGGCCCGUUAUGCCACCAAUUUUCACAUGGAUUUAUCAAAAUGUAAAUAGAAGUUGA